AUGUCUGAGAACACAAGAGUUACUCAUGUAAAUAGAAAAACAAGAGCAAGUGCAAGUGCAAGUGGUGAAGCUAUAGGAGUUCUUAAGGCAAUUUCAUGGAUUAAGGAGAAAGUUUUCAGUAUUUUGAAGAUAUUUCUUCUAUGGGCUUAUCUCAUUGAGGAGAAAAAGAAGAAUAGAGACAAAUCUGUUAGCUUGUUUGUGAAUGUUGAUGGGAAGAAAUUUGCUCAUGCAACACUAUUCUCUAAGAAGUUUCCCCAACAACAGUUUAAGAAUGUGGAUGACGAUGAUUCUAAUUCUGAUGCUGGAAAGAAAGAGGUGAAGAUUGUGGAGCCCAAUUCACUUGAUGAUUAUGAUGGAAUGUCUGUGGAUGACUCUGAGAUUUUGAUAUCUUCACAAGAGGUGAAGAUUGUGGAGCCCAGUUCAGUUGAUGAUUAUGAUGGAAUGUUUGUGGAUGACUCUGAGCGCAAAAGGCCAUACAAGGCGAAAGUUGGAACACUUUUUGAAGAACUGUGUUCAAGGGAACCAGGUGAUAAGAUGUCGAGAACAGCAACUAAUGUGCCGGUAGAAGCACAAGGUGAAGCUAUUACUCCUCCACCCGAUGACGAGGAUGUUGCAUCAAAAGAAACAAGAAUCGGAAAAAAAACCUUAUGUGGUUUGGCAGCACUUCACCCGAUAUACGGAUGA